UCUGGUUUAUUAUAUUGCACAAUCUGGUGCCACUGUUAGGCUAAUUUCAGAUACAUUUACCACUGUGUGAAGUCUGAUGACACAUGCAUGUUCGUGCAUAACAAGUUUGCAGGACAGCAGAUGGCAGAUUGUGUGACUAAAGUUGAACUAACCAUCAGCUGUGACAACUUGUUGGAUAAAGAUGUUACUUCCAAAUCGGAUCCAUUAUGUACACUGCUCAUUAACACGAGUGGAAAUCAGUGGGCUGAAAUUGAUCGCACGGAAAGAGUUAAAAACUGUCUCACUCCCAAGUUUGCUAAGAAGUUCCUGAUUGAUUACUACUUCGAGCAAGUUCAGAAACUGAAAUUUGGAAUUUAUGAUAUUGACAACAAAACCAUAGAUUUGAGUGAUGAUGAUUUCUUGGGGGAACUGGAAUGCACUCUAGGACAGAUUGUCUCCAGCAGAAAACUGACCAGACCUCUCUUGCUGAAAAAUAAAUGCCCUGCAGGAAGAGGAACAAUCACGAUCUAUGCUGAGGAAGUGAAAGACAACAGAGUGGUAAAUUUUGAGGCUCAAGCACGGAACCUGGAUAAUAAGGAUUUCUUUGGGAAGUCAGAUCCCUACCUGGAGUUUCACAAACAGACUGAAGAUGGAAAAUGGCAAAUGGUUCAUAGAACAGAGGUAAUAAAGAAUAACCUAAAUCCUAGUUGGAAACCUUUCAAAAUCCCUUUGCGAUCCCUGGGUAAUGGUGAUUUUCAGAGGAGUAUCAAGGUGGAGUGCUAUGAUUAUGAUAAUGAUGGAUCACAUGACCUAAUCGGUAUAUUUGAGACAAGCAUGUCAAAACUACAAGGAGCAUCCUAUAGCUCACCGAUGGAGUUUGAGUGCAUUCAUCCAAAGAAGAAACAAAAAAAGAAAAGCUACAAAAACUCAGGAAUUGUCACUUUUAAAUUAUGCCAGGUUGUGAAGGAGUACACUUUCUUGGAUUACGUUAUGGGAGGCUGUCAACUGAAUUUUACUGUUGGAAUUGACUUCACGGGCUCUAAUGGGGAUCCACGAACACCAAAUUCUCUGCAUUAUUUAAAUCCAAGUGGGUAUAAUGAAUAUCAAAUGGCAAUCUGGUCUAUUGGAGUGAUCAUUCAAGACUAUGACACAGACAAAUUAUUCCCGGCAUUUGGGUUUGGUGCAAAAAUACCUCCUACUUGGCAGGUAUCCCAUGAAUUUCCACUAAACUUCAAUUUUCAAAAUCCAUUUUGUGAAGGGGUUCCAGGGAUAAUUGCUGCCUACUGCAACUGCCUUCCUCAAGUUAGGCUUUAUGGUCCAACAAACUUCUCUCCCAUUAUAAACCACAUGGCAAACUUUGCAGCUGCAGCAUCGCAGCAGCCAAAAGCUUCACAAUAUUACAUCCUGCUGAUCAUCACAGAUGGAGUGAUAACUGACUUAGAGGAUACACGACGGGCCAUCGUUAAUGCUGCAAAAUUGCCAAUGUCUAUCAUCAUUAUUGGUGUUGGUGGGGCAGAUUUUAGUGCCAUGGAGUUUCUGGAUGGUGAUGAUGGAGUUCUGAGAUCACCCACUGGAGAACCAGCUAUCAGAGAUAUUGUCCAAUUUGUACCAUUUAGGAAAUUUCAAAAUGCACCUAAAGAAGUUCUUGCACAGAGUGUCCUCGCUGAAUUACCUCAGCAAGUGGUGUGUUACUUCAACACCCGCAAGCUCCAACCUCCCAAUGAACCACCUUCUUAAGUUUUGGAAAUGCAGUAUGGCAUAUGGAAAAUUCCCCAAAGUACAGGAAUCUUUUGGUUCUGCCAGCAUUACAGUGUUUAAAAUGCAUGAUAGAAAUGUUUUACAUGUAUUAAGAGGUCCAUUUUGACUAAUGUUUUGAGUAACUUAAAAAAUAACAAAAUUGACCAAAUUAAAUGAUUUGUGCAAUAUUUUUGCAGUGCCUUGAAAAUUCAGUAAAAUGAUCAUUCAGGACUGUAUCUCAUCUCAUCCUCCCUUUUAAAAUUUGUUACAUAUUUUACAAGUUUUAUUUUUAUUUGUAAUGUACAGAUUUUGCACUUUUAGAUUGGAGUCAAAUAACUAAAUAUGAAAUACAUGCUUUUGAAAUAGAGCCCUAAGUGUAUUGAUAUUUUUAAAUAAUUGUUGAAUAUAUUCCAUUUCUUUAAAGAUAACCUUAAAGCUGAAUAACAUGUAAGCUGUCAGACACCGUAACAUUCUUCCUAUGGUUUGGAGAGUAUAGCAUAUCAGUCAUUUGGACCUUGGUAGAUGGUCCUUUACACAAUUACCAAAUGUCUGCAAUUAACUUUAAUUUAAUCUCUCUACUUCUUUCCAUUCUUGCUUACUAAAAUUUCUAAAUAUAUUAAAGUUUAAAUAUAUAUUCCUGAAAUCAGAUAAGCAUGGAGUAAAAGUAUUUUAUGACCUUAAAAGAUGCCAGCUGCCCAGCAGCUGUGUGGCAAUUCUGCUAUAUCUACAAAUAUACAGUACACAUGUCAUUUGAGAUAAUUGUAUCGAAAGUAUAUUGUAACUUUAUAUUGAAUAAAAGUGCCAAAAACUCCAACUAGUCAUCCAAUGAGUUUGUAAAUGCAGAAAUGGAAUUGGGAAAAAUAAGAAUGUAAACAGUUACUGACAAUUCUGGGCAUGAUAAAGCUGUCUACAGAGCAUACUACUGAAUUUUAAAUGGUUAUUUUUGUCUUUGCAUUGGUUCAUUGGACCACUGUUAGUUUUACAUUAACACAUUUAUGUCAUUCAAUAAUUUAUCACUAUACCUUUUAAGGUCGUAUUUGAAAGAACCAUUUGUCUGACAGAUGAGCAAAUCUGCAGAUACUAGAAAUCCAAACAACACACACAAAAUGCUGGAGGAACUC